UCAAAGCUGUCAGAUGCCUUGGUUGGUCGUCUGUUAAAAAACUUGUUUAUCCUGCUCAUUUCGCUGUUUUUUAAAACAGCAGUUUAUUAUCGCGAUGGCUCGCCCGCUGAUUCCCGGUCAGCAAAAGCUUGCUGAAAAAUUGUUAAUCUUAAAUGACAGAGGUCUGGGAAUGCUAACACGGAUAUAUAACAUCAAAAAGGCAUGUGGGGAUGCAAAUUCAAAACCAGCAUUUUUGUCAGACAAAACUUUAGAAUCUUCCAUCAAGCUUGUCAUCAAGAAAUUCCCAAACAUUGAUGUCAAAGGACUUCAAGCUCUGCAGCCACAUCGAAGUGAAGUGAUGAAAUCACUUUCUCUAUACUACAAUACAUUUGUAGAUCUUUUGGAUUUCAAAGACAAAGUUGGAGAACUACUUACAACCAUGGAUGCAUGCCAAGUUCACUUGGAUAUUACUUUGAAUUUUGAUCUUACAAAAGCUUAUUUGGACCUUGUCUCCACCUACACCUCUCUGAUGAUUCUCCUGUCACGUGUUGAAGAUAGAAAAGCAGUUCUGGGACUGUACAAUGCUGCACAUGAACUAACACACAACCACAGUGAUGUGAGUUUCCCAAGACUGGGCCAGAUGAUUAUGGAUUAUGAUCCCCCACUGAAGAAACUUAGUGAAGAAUUCAUACCCCAUUCUAAGUUGUUGGUGUCAGCUCUUCUUUCUUUGCAAAAUGUUUAUCUUCGAAGAAAUUUAACUGCAGAUAAAUGGAGGUCUGCUCAAAUGCUCAGUUUAACUUCGAACCAAAACCAAAUGUUGAACCCGGCACAAACAGAUACCAUGCCUUGUGAAUAUCUUUCGCUGGAUUCAUUUGAACGAUGGAUUAUUUAUGGAUUCACUCUUUGUCACCAGUUCCUAGCUCAACCAGUAGCUGUCAGUUUAUGGAUCAAUGCUCUGCAAUCUGGUUGGGUGUUGCCUCUCUUUCGCGACGAAGUGAUUUGUUUUCACUCUUACAUUCAGACGUUUUUCGACGGCAUCAAGGGCUACGGAAAACGAGUUACGGAAGUAAAGGAAUGCUUCAAUUUAGCCGUAUUAAAUUCAGGAAAAGUCCACAUGGAUCGACGCAUGUUUCUACGCACAGCUCUUCGGGAGUUGGAGCUUAUCCUUACGGAUCAGCCUGGUCUACUUGGCCCUAAAGCUUUGUUCGUGUUUAUGGGACUUAGCUUUGCCCGAGACGAAGUAAAUUGGUUACUUCGACAUCAUGACAAUCCUCCACCAAGGAGUAACAAGGGUAAAACUGCUGAAGAUUUGGUCGAUCGUCAUUUGCCCGAAUUACUUUUUUACAUGGAAGAGAUUCGGGCUCUAGUUCGCAAAUACAGUCAAGUGUUGCAACGUUAUUACGUCCAGUAUUUGUCGGGUUACGACGGCGUUUCUUUGAACCAACUCCUGCAACCUUUACAGACAUUAUCCGAAGAAGAAAGCAUAAUUUUGUCAUCGCUCUGCAACUCCAUUGGUGGACUAAGCAUCAAGCAAGUGGAGGAAAAUGAAUUGUUCGAUUUCCGUGGACUUCGCCUCGAUUGGUGUCGCCUGCAAGCAUAUACCUCAGUUGCUAAAUCACAACUAGUCUUAAGCGACCAUCGUGACCUGGCAACCCUACUUAACACAAUUGCAUUCCAUACAAAGAUGGUUGAUGCGCUUGACGACAUGCUGACAGAUACCUCGGACCUUUCAAUUUUUUGUUUCUAUAACAAACUGUUUGAAGAUCACUUCCACAUGUGUCUGGAAUUCCCAGCGCAGAACCGGUACAUUAUUGUAUUCCCCUUAAUUUGCGGGCACUUUCAAAAUUGUACUCACGAACUUUGUCCGGAAGAGAGACAUCAUAUUCGCGAGCGAAGUCUAUCGGUAGUCAACGUCUAUCUUGAGGAAAUGGCUAAAGAAGCGAAGAACAUAAUCACUACCAUUUGCGACGAACAGUGCAAUCUAAGCGAUAGGCUGUUGCCGAAACACUGUGCUCCUCUGAUCGCGCAAGUAGUCAACAAGAAGAAACGCGAAAAGUUUAGGAAACCGGAGGUGGACAAACCCGGAAUGGAGAGUUAUCGAAAAACAAGAGAGGACCUAACCACGAUGGAUAAACUACACAUGGCCUUGACGGAACUGUGCUACGCCAUUAAUUACUGCCCAACAAUUACUGUAUGGGAUUAUGCGUUUGCUCCUAGGGAAUACCUCUAUCAACAUCUCGAGUCUCGAUUUGCUCGCGCGGUCGUAGGGAUGGUUAUGUACAAUCCUGAAACGGGCGAUAUCGCUAAACCCACAGAACUCUUGGCUAGCGUGAAAGCGUACAUGAAUGUCCUCCAAACUGUGGAAAACUAUGUUCACAUCGACGUUACCCGGGUUUUCAACAGUGUUUUGCUUCAACAGACUCAAUCCGUGGACAGCAAUGGAGAGAAAACCAUCGCUGCUCUUUACGUUACCUGGUAUUCGGAGGUAUUGCUUCGUCGAGUGAGUGCAGGUCACAUUUGCUUCUCGCCUCUUCAGCAGGCUUUUGUAAGUCUUACAGCUGAGGGCGCAGUGCCCUUCAACGCUGAAGAGUUUUCUGAUGUAAACGAAUUACGGGCUCUCGCUGAACUGAUUGGUCCCUAUGGAAUGAAAUUGUUGAAUGAAACGCUGAUGUGGCACACAGCCAGCCAAGUGCAAGAGCUUAAAAAACUUGUGUUGAUGAACAAGGACGUUCUCGUGGCUCUUCGAACAAAUUUUGAUAGACCAGAACACAUGAAAGAAUGGGCAAAACGCCUCCAACAGGUGGACAACUUACUCCAGAGGAUGACAAUUGUCGGUGUGAUUCUUUGCUUCCGCCAGCUUGGUCAAGAAGCGCUGAAUGACGUGUUGAAUCAACGUGUUCCUUUCUUAUUGUCGUCUAUUAUAGACUUUAAGGAACAUUUCUCCGCAGACGAGUCGGAUGCGACGGUGGUGAAUGAAAUGGCUUCCGCAGCUGGAUUAAGUUGCGUCGUCGAUCCAGUUUUGGUAACUGCCCUAAAAGUACAACGAACAGAAACGAAUGAAGACGAACAUUUAGUAGCAUGCUUAUUGCUUGUAUUUAUUGCUGUGGCCUUGCCACGCCUAGCCAGAUCAGAAUCUUCAAUGUACCGAGCUUACUUAGAAGGUCACGCAAACAACGCACAUUGUCUAGCUGCCGCUGUCAACACUGUCCUGUGCGCUCUAUUCGCCUUGUCGGGUAGAAGGGACACUGAGGAAAGAUUGAAAGAGUUUCUAGCUUUGGCUUCGUCAAGUCUGUUACGCUUGGGACAAGAAGUGGAUAAAGAGGCUAUCAAAAAUCGAGAAUCAAUCUAUCUCUUGUUAGAUUUGAUCGUUCAAGAUUCUCCUUAUUUGACCAUGGAUCUCUUGGAAUCAUGUUUCCCAUAUGCACUUCUGCGCAAGGCUAAUCAGGCAGUCUUCCGCUCAGAUAACGUCACUUCCUAAAUUUCCCUUUUCUCUUACGGUAAUCGAUCAUCUGACAAAACAGGAAUUAGAUGAGUAGAACUCGCAUUUUAUCUUCAAAUAUUUACAUGAGCCACCUUACUGAAUUCAGUAUUCUUUCUUUACUUCGUUAUCAUCUCAUUGUCAGAAUGUACUGUAUGCCUUGACGACCAAUAAAUUCCUAGAGCUGUA